AUGUCGGCGUCGAAGAUUCGUCGCGUGUUGGACGUCAUUCGCGGGAAGAGCUACGAGGAGUGCUUGAUCAUGCUUGAAUUCAUGCCGUACCGCUCGUGCGAACCGAUUCUUAACGCGCUGUUCUCUUGCGCGUCGAACGCGAAGAACAACAUGGGGAUGAACAAGGCGAAGCUGUACGUCUCGGAGUGCUACGCGGACGGCGGGGCGACGAUGAAGCGUUUCCGCCCGCGCGCGCAAGGGCGUCCGUUCUCCAUCCGUAAGCGCACGGCGAGCAUCACGCUUAAGAUGGCUGAGCGUGAAGAUUGA